CUUUUGUUUUGACCUCUCUCAGUUGCCGUAGUACCGUAAAGUACAGUAAAAGACGCAAGUAAACAUCUCAACCGGCGAAUAUCUUGAACUAAAAUGUGCUCCUGCGGCUCAUUCGGCGACUUAAACUUAGUGACGUUUGGCAUUCAUUCAAUUAUUUGAUGUAUUUAAGCAAUUUUUGGUUAAAUUUAAACAACAAUACGUCUUUGGCUUUAUUUAGCCGGUGGCUAACCAGCUAGCGUACAUGCUAUGUCACCUAGCAUUGUAACAUUAACUUUACUUUUAGCACCGUCGGCUCAGUAAUAUUACAUUUUUUACAAUGGCGUUCCCUUGCUUCGAUGGAGUUUACCUCCCCAAAGAAGAGAAUGAAUUCGUGCACCAGGUCUUAACUGAAGUGGAAACAUACCAGGAGAGCAGCCCCGACAGUGUCCUCCUGUUCCCACCGCUACCCAGCAGACUACGAUACCUAAUCCACAGGACCAUGGAGGACCUGCCGGAGCUCACCACCUUCUCUGUGGGAGAGAGCUGGUGGCGUCGGGUGGUGGUUUGUCCCUGCCAGCUCAGAGGCGCACUGGAAGUAGACAACGAUGUGGAGAGCAACUACAGCCUGGAUGAAGAGCCUGUCAGAACACAGCAUAGAUCUUCCCCCUCCGCACGAAGCAAAGCCCCCAGGAGGCCCGACAAGGAGCUCUACAUCCCAAAAGCUGCUCGGAGUAGACCGCAACCACAGCAGGAGUUCCAACGUCCAGCCAGCAGCCAUCCAUCAAAGACGUGUUCUCCUCCUGCUGAGACCACAGACAAGUCGCCAUCGCUCGUUUUAAAAGAGGAAUCCGUCCCCCACGCCACGGAUGGCGCCCUCGGAGAUGAUCCGCCAGGAGGAGGGGAAGCAAACGUGACUUUGAGCGAUGAGGAAGGCGAGAUUCUCCACUGGGGGAACACACUGAGGGACAUCAGCCUGGAGGACAAUGGCGAGGAGCAAGGAGCCACAUGUGACCUGACUCAGGAGAUCAAGGAACACCUGAAAGACGGAGCGACCUUCUCAGUGAUGCACGUGCACAAGGACUACUCCGCCUACGAGAAGGUGCUCAUCAAGCCUGAGCACUUUGACCACGUCAUCGAGAUCUACGACUUCCCGCCCGUCUUCAAGACAGAGGACCUCAGGGAUGCUCUUUUUGAGUACAGUGACGGAGGACUGAAGAUCACCUGGGUGGACGACACACACGCUCUGGGGGUUUUCUCCACUGAGGAGGCAGCACUGAAGGCACUGUCCAUGGACCACCCUCUGCUGAAGGUGCGGCGCCUGGCAGAAGGCAGCAAGAAGGCACAAGGCAAGGCCAUCAGAAGAGCAGAGUUCAUCCAACCGGUGAAGGAGCGCCCCAAGACCGACAGUGCUGUGGCCAGGCGGAUGGUGGCCCGAGCCUUGGGCCUGAAGGGACGAGGACGAGGACGAGGGCAGAACUACUGACAGCAACAAUACAGGUGAUGAACCGUGAGAGGACUUCCAUCUUUUUUCAUUCAAUACACAAGUCUCCCACUAGGGGGCAGCACUGCUCUAAUUAUUCAACCAGCAAGUAAGACAAAAUGUAGUGGUUUACUUCUUCCACAUGUCAUGUUGCAGACUUACUCCAAAAUGGAAUACAUUCCAUAACAUUCUACCAACAACAUCCCAUAAUGACAGUGUGAAAAUGUAUGUUUGCAAGUUUUGAUGUAUUUAAAAAAUAAAAUAAAAAGCUAAAAAAAAAAAAAGUAUUCACAGCCUUUGCUCAAUGCUUAAUUAAUGCACCUUUGGCAGAAAUUACACCUCAAGUCUUUUUGAAUACCAUGCCACAUAUACGUAAUGAUAACUUGAGAUACAAAAGAAUGCAGAAAAAUGGAGGGGAAGAAAGAGAAGCAACCUAUAUUAACCUUGUAGAUUGUUAUAGUAACUAUAGGUUAAGCUUUGUCAGUGUGCCAUGUGUUACCCAGUUUAC